GGACAAGUGAACCAGUGGACAAGUGAACCAGUGGACAAGUGAACCAGUGGACAAGUGGACAAAUGAACCAGUGGACAAGUGAACCAGUGGACAAGUGAACUAGUGGAAAAAUGGCUAGCUUGGUUGAUAUCGGAUUAACUAAUCACCUAACCCCACACUACUUCACCCGAAGGCUCGCGAUUGGCUGAUUGCGCGGAUGAGUAGACCAAUUGGACCUCCACAAAGGCUAUACAUCCUGUCAACCGGUUCAAGAUAUCCAAGGUUUUACUUAGCUAUCAGCGUAUUUGGAGGUUUCAAUGCAUUGACCGCGGUCAAGAUGUAAAGGAGCACGGAGCAAUCUAUAAAAUACCACAAUCGUCCUGAUUGUAAGUUCUCACCGCAUUUUGGCACGGAUCCAUACAGGUCUCUAUUGACUUUCAACAGCUAAUUACAAUUGCCGUGCAUCUUUCUUGAUCAUGACUUGGCUUAAUCGCGUACAACACAUACCCCACGUACCUCGCCCUUUGCGCCGCUUAAUCCGCUUUCUGAGGGGACAAUCCGACGAACUGACUUCUUUAUCCGAUCAGAUGCCCUCCUAUGAGGAAACAUCUACCAUUGUUGUCCCGUAUGUCAAUCGGGGAAUUGUCACUGUUGAAACCCACACCACCAUGCGGACCAGUGUCCGCGGCUGUGGUCAGGAUAUUGGGGGAACCAAGGAUUUGACCACUGAUAGUGCGUCUGACAGAAGUACCCUCGUUCGAAAUACUGGUACAGCCACCGAACUAUGCACUCUAUGCAGUAAAUAUACUGGGGGUAAUAUUUUAGGGAAUACUGAUAAUCUCUCUCCUUCUGUAGGAUGGCCUAGUAUUACAAGGGCACCGAGUCCAUCCGAGGAUCAUUCUUUGGAGAUACAGCACUCUGGGGAAUCAACGCCAAGGGACAGUGAAGAAACGAUUGUUCUCCCGAAUCCAGAUUUAGCCGGAAUGUUCAUAGGAACAGGUACGGCGUACGUACCCCAUACUGGAUAGGUCGACCAGAGGUCAAAUUGAAAUACUUGGCUAUGCAGGCAUACUUACACCUCCUGGUCAAGAGCCUAUUAUGUUGCUUAGUGUAAAGUGCCGAGAGAAGCGUGAGGUUAUGCGCUGCACUGUGUCAUGCUUUCACAGGAAGGAGCAGGAUGGAUUAAGGCGGGAAUUGGGUUUCUGCCUGACCAAGGAAGAAUGGUCUGAUAUUGGGCGAUACGGGUUUCAUUGGCAUUGAAUCCCACAUAUAGCUCCCUUGGGUCUGUAGAUAGUAGAUAGGAGUAUAUAUGCUCCCUCUUGAGGAGCUUUGAACAUU